CUUUUUGGUUUGGUUUGGAGGUUAUGUAUUUUCUACUCGAUUAAUGAGGUUUAUAAAUAAAUAGUGUGUUUAUUUAUCAUUAGCACGACUUUCUAAGGUGUGGCGGUAGAAAAAAUCUAUCAGCACCUUAUACUUAUUUUAAAUUGUGCAGUGUAUUACAUUUAUACGAUGGAAAAGAAUGAAUUUGACUCCACAUUGGGUGGUUCUGAACAACUACCAGAUUCAGCCAACAGUCUGAAAUUUGCAGCAUCCAGAAGUAUUGAAAUAGCAGCAAUGACUGAGAGCAUUCUUCGUCCAAGCAAAACUAAGCUCAUUUUCCAAUCUUUGCCUGUACAUAUGCGACGCCGGGUAAUGAGCCACAAUUGUAAAAGAUUGCCCAGGAAACUGCGCCAAGGACAUUUAGAGCAGUUGAAAAAAAGUGGUUUGCCGCCUAAACUAAAAAGGCCUUCUAGGAAAUAUAGGCGGCGUCCUGGAAAUUUGUUACAAGAAUAUAACAGAAGGCAAAGGAGAACUAAAUGGUUAGAAACUCAUAUUUGGCAUGCCAAAAGAUUUCACAUGAUUGAAAAGUGGGGACAUCGAUUAGCAUAUGCACCAUGUGACAAAGCAUUCAGAGCCUGUUACAGAGCAACCUCAGCUCACUGCCUUAUACAAGAUAUUUCUUACUUUACUCCUAUCCAAAUUAGUGGUUCAACAGAUGUUAUAAAAAAAUUGUUCUCUUCCAUUACAAAUCCCACAUGUGGUUUGAGUAUCUGUGCAAAAGCAUUUAUAAGUGGUAACAGAGAGGGUACUAUUAGUUUGUAUAAACCAAACCAGUUUCCAUUUGGAUAUAUUGGUAAAGCAAAUUUUAUAUGGUUGCCUGGUGAGACAGAAAAAAAUGUCUGGCUUUUUGUGCAUCCAUCCCAGACAAAAGAAGUAGAAUCAGUUUUGACUGAUAUUAUUUGCAAUAAAAGUCAUAAUAAUGAGGAAUAUGUACCUAGUCAGAAACAAAGGAAGUUAAAUAAUAGCAUUGCAGAAAAUAUAAACAUUAAACUGAAUCCAGGUGCUUACAACAUAUUCAGACUAACAGGCCCAAACAGCCAUGCAAUACUUGCUCGUAGUUUAAAAUGUGUAGAAAGUAUUGAAAAAGUAGCAACAAAUAAGUGGAUUUCAAAAGUUGAUGGAAAAUCUUUACAUUUAACUGAGAAGCAGUGUUAUUGGCAAAGUAUUAGUAAAGUUAGUUCCCCAUCACAGCUUCCAUCUAGAAUAAUUAUUGGGUUAAUUGUGAAAGAUCCCAGACUAAGCCGUCCAGCCCAACGAACGAAAGCUAACAAUAACAGUCACGAAACUGUGAAUAUAGAAUCAUUGAUUACUGUUCCAACGACAGCAUCACUAUCGCCUAUUUGGGAUUUGAGUUUACAAGAUAUAAUUAAGAAAGAGAAAUUAAGUAAUAGUCAAUUUAUAGAGCAUGUGACAAAAACCCAGUUAGUGCCUGGAUCUGUGAAUGAGGAUGAUCCCAAAUUGCAGUGUGUGCCCGUUGUUCUGGUACAGAGACCGGGAUCACAGGAUGCAUGUGGAAAGAAAAUUGGAUACAGCAGUGGCUGGGACAUAAUAAUACCAUCAGGUUAUGGUAUGCAAUUCUGGCAGACUUUCAUCAUGUUUGGAGCUCGUGCAGGCGGGCUCCGAGAAACUGAGAGUUUAGCUUUUGAAUUGGGCGAAACAUACCUACCUCCGGAUUCUUACGCAGGUGAAGAAGAACAAAAGAAGAUUGAAUGUGACUUGAAAGAUAAAUAUUUUAGGCUGCCCCCAAGUAAAAGAGUUAACUACAUAAAAUUAGGAAUCAAUAGUCCAUUCACUUGCAACUGGAAAUUAUUGUUGAAAGAAUGGUGCAAUGUGCCUAUUGAGAGAUUUAAUGUGAUAAGAGAUAGGCAAAUACUUUCAAAGUUACAGGAUUGCUUAAAAAAUAAGCAAAAAUUACCAGAAAUAGAAAAUUCUGCAGCAUGUUUGGUAGCUGUUUACUUACAAAUGGCAUCAGCAGGAUCUCUAAAGCGGCACGCCCUUAUUUGUUUGCCAGAGAAAAGUGACAUGAUCUCAAUAAAAACAUUAAAUGAGCCCAAACAUGAAGACCCCAAUGAGAAGUUGAGAAAACAAACAAGAAAACAACACAAAAUUGAAAUAAAGCGUUGGAGAAGAAAUCGAAUAAAAUUAAGGAAUAAAAAUAAGAUGGUACAACCCAUGAAGCCUUCGAAAAGAGAUAAUCAUAUACCAUCUGACUAUGUGUUGAAAAUGCGCGAGUUAUGGCUUCCAAGUGCAAUCAAAACUGUGCGACAUUCUUGCUCCAGACAAAUACUGGGAUUUAUCACACAAGGUGCAUUCAGCUUCUCAGAGGCUAAAAGUUGUGGCGUUGGUUACAUUGCUUACAAUGCUUUAAAUACACUAGUAAUGAAUGGCCACAAUCAAGUCUUAGUUCGAAAUGUGUCCUCAAAAAAAUAUAGGAUAAGUAAUGUACAUAUAAUAAAAAAUGUCUAA